AUGUACGGACUUCUUCUGGGAUUAUCAGAAGAUAAUCACCAGUUACAGCAUUCAGAUGUAAAAUCACAUCUGCAAUAUCCACUACAACUUCCAAACAUGCCAUCCAAUUCACUUCAACAACAAAACGACUUAUGCGCACUUGGUAGCACGAAUUUUUACUCUAAUUCUCCUCAGUAUAAUCUGUUGUUAAACACUCCUAUACAGUCUUGUGAUACAAGCGGCUAUGAAAAAGCUCCACAAAGUGGUCACGCAUCUUCACGGGGAUACAUUAGUACAUCUCGACAGUAA